UGUUGCGCACUUCCGGUGGAAGAGCUGAGGAGAGGGGGUGGAGUUUACGGAGCCGGUGGGCGGUGGGCGGUGCUGCCGGUAGCUGGGUGCUGUCCAAAGGCACUGGGCGUCGCUAAGGGGAGUGAGCUGUGACCUGCUGGGCCGCACUUAGCGUGGGACGAAGCUUAGGCUACUGUUUGACUACCUGAGGCCUUCCCUUCAUGUCGGCCCUCGAGAAGAGCAUGCACCUCGGCCGCCUGCCGUCUCGCCCACCUCUACCCGGCAGCGGGGGCAGUCAGAGCGGAGCCAAGAUGCGAAUGGGCCCUGGAAGAAAACGAGACUUUUCCCCUGUUUCUUGGAGUCAGUACUUUGAAUCCAUGGAAGAUGUAGAAGUAGAGAAUGAAACUGGCAAGGAUACUUUUCGAGUUUACAAGAGUGGGUCAGAGGGUCCCGUCCUACUCCUUCUGCAUGGAGGAGGCCAUUCUGCCCUUUCCUGGGCUGUGUUCACAGCGGCAAUCAUUAGUAGGGUUCAGUGUAGGAUUGUGGCUUUAGAUCUUCGAGGUCAUGGUGAAACAAAAGUCAAGAAUUCUGAAGACCUAUCUGCAGAAACAAUGGCAAAGGAUGUUGGCAAUGUGGUUGAAGCCAUGUAUGGGGACCUCCCUCCUCCAAUUAUGCUGAUUGGACAUAGUAUGGGUGGUGCAAUUGCAGUCCACACAGCAUCAUGCAACCUGGUGCCAAGCCUCCUGGGUCUCUGUAUGAUUGAUGUUGUAGAAGGUACAGCCAUGGAUGCCCUUAAUAGUAUGCAGAAUUUCUUACGUGGUCGUCCUAAAACCUUCAAGUCUUUAGAGAAUGCCAUUGAAUGGAGUGUUAAGAGUGGUCAGAUUCGAAAUUUGGAGUCAGCCCGUGUCUCAAUGGUUGGCCAAGUCAAACAGUGUGAAGGAAUUACAAGUCCAGAAGGCUCAAAAUCUAUAGUGGAAGGUAUCAUAGAGGAAGAAGAAGAAGACGAAGAAGGAAGUGAGUCUGUAAACAAGAGGAAAAAGGAAGAUGACAUGGAGACCAAGAAGGACCAUCCGUACACUUGGAGAAUUGAACUGGCAAAAACAGAAAAAUACUGGGAUGGCUGGUUCCGAGGCUUAUCCAAUCUCUUUCUUAGUUGUCCUAUUCCUAAAUUGCUGCUCUUGGCUGGUGUUGAUAGAUUGGAUAAGGAUCUGACUAUUGGCCAAAUGCAAGGAAAGUUCCAGAUGCAGGUCCUACCCCAGUGUGGCCACGCAGUCCAUGAGGAUGCCCCAGACAAGGUAGCUGAAGCUGUUGCCACUUUCCUGAUCCGGCAUAGGUUUGCAGAGCCCAUCGGUGGAUUCCAGUGUGUGUUUCCUGGCUGUUAGUAACCUGCUAUCCGUCCCUCCCCCAACAUUGAGCUCUGUUGUAAAUACAUCGCACCAGAGGCCACUGUGAUGCCGCUGUCUCCUCCUCACCAUCCCGCCCGACCAUGUGACACCGGCUCCCUAUAGACGGGCUUCCCCAGAUGUACAAACCCUUUUGUGUAUUCCUGCUAAAAGCAUUGUUUUCCAGGGCCUUCGACCAACCUCGGCUUCCUUAGUCCAAGGCUCCCCAGCUCCUACCCCUUCGCUGUGCAGGGGUAGCCCCUGCCUGUUAUCCCUGCGUUGCCUAGGGUGAAGCCUCCAUCAGAACUGUGACCCUGGGCCCCUAUUUCUGGUAUUUGGCAAUGCACCUGGGUCCAAAUGUCUCUCCAGGCUCAGGGACCUCCAUUCCUUGAGAUUGUUCUUGGCAUGGUCCUGCCCUACCUCAUGGGAUGGAUCAUGCAAAGGGUGGUCCUUAUUUUCCCCUUUCAAAUAAAAUACUAGUCAGGUACCUUUUUAAUCCCAAUCUUACUCUUCUAGCGUUGGAAGACUCAGAGAGGCCAGGAUCCCAUCCUUAGGAAUAGGGAGGGGUGGUGGAUAGCAUCACAAGAAACCAACCUGAAAAUCAGGUCCAGUCAGUCCAAGCACAUGGCCUCCCAUCUGGGGAGAGCCCACUGUCCCUCUCCCACAUGUCUGGGCACCUGCCCUGGGCUGAGGCCAGGCUGCUCCAGGGGCCUCUUGAGCCCUCACCUGCCACAGAGCAACCCAGGUUAAAUACAGCCCGUGCACAAAGCCAUAGGCUAAAGCCUGUGGAGUUGUUUUUACGAAUCAAAUUUAACCAUUUCAUACUUGGUCCCUGAGGUGUGCAGAGUGCCCACUUGCCUCUUCUAGACUCACAGCUUAUCUUCGCCAUUUGUGGUUUCCAUGUCACUCUUCGUAGAAACAGGACAGCCCAGUAUCCUCAAUCUUUGCCCUCUUCCAGCUGCCUCAUCACAGCACUGCGGCCUCCCCCUGCUGCCCAGGCACGCCAUUUCCAAGGGCAGGAAGGGGCAGUGUCCUGCAGCCCAUCUUUUCUGUGACUGUCUUAGGUGAUGCGUGGCCCCCUCCACCUUUCCACCCAACAACUUCCUAUCCCUGUCCUGCUGCACGGUCCAGAGUCUGGGACCUACUUUGUUUCUUUGUUAUUUAUGACCUUGUUUAAAGAAAAUAAAUAUCUCCCAACCUUUA